CCAUGACCACUCAGCAGAUGCAGAUGGAGCAGAUGGGGCAGUUCAGGAUAACUGUCUGGGAGGAGGAGAACUUCCAGGGCAAGCGCUGCGAGUUCAUGCAGGAGUGCCGGAACAUCAUGGAGAGGGGCUUCCGCAAGAUCCGCUCCAUCAAGGUUGAGAACGGCGCCUUCGUAGGGUUCGAGUACCCUGAGUACCAGGGUCAGCAGUUUAUUCUGGAGAAGGGAGACUACCCACGCUAUGAAGCCUGGAGUGGAAACAGCGGCUACAGGACAGAGCAUCUGCUGUCCUUCAGACCAAUUAAAUGUGCUAACCACAGUGACAGCAAGGUGACCCUCUACGAGUGCAACGACCUCCAGGGACGCAAGUUCGAGAUCUGCGAUGACUACCCUUCUCUGCAGGCUAUGGGCUGGUGCAGCAAGGAGGUCCCGUCCAUCAAAGUCAAUUCUGGAGCCUGGGUGGCUUACCAGUUCCCUGGUUACCGUGGAUACCAGUAUAUCCUGGAGAGAGACAGGCGUGAGGGAGAGUACAGAAACUACAACGAGUACAGCACCCAGGCCCAUACCCACCAGAUCCAGUCUAUUCGCAGGAUUCAGCAAUAAGUCUCCUCUUAUGUA